AUGGAGGUAGAGACAAUGUACCAUCUGCCCUCUCCAGCGGAUACGCCAUACCGCACCCCUUCCAGCACUCGGUCGCAUGCCGACGACAUGUCGCCUGCUACGACACCCCCUCCUCCGCCUGAAGAUCGCGCAACCAAGAGACGAAGUACCGACUCAGUCAACCCUGCGCUGGACGAUAACAUUUCUCCACUAGACCCUCGACGCUUCACACCAACUCUUCACGCUUCCCUGGUCUCAGAGAUCCUCUCUUUGCGCCGGGACCUUGAGAACAAAACGAAUGACAUUGAAAAGCUGGAACAAAGUCUCCACCAAGCACAGCAGCACAAUGAUACCCUCAACAGCAAUCUGCUUAACAGCAACAAGCAGACUCGUGAGAUCAAGCGUCAAAUGCAGAUGUUGGAAGGUGGAACACUCUCUGCUCUUAGUGACCUGGCUUCGGAGCGCGACGAAGCCGUGGGAGAAACUGCUGAUCUGAAAAGACGCCUUGAGCAGGCCCAAAAGCGCGCCAAAAGCCAAGAAGAGGCUGCUGAGCGGACCCAGGCUCUUUGGGACAAGGAAAAGGAUGCCUGGUCUGGUGAGAAGCGCGGACUCGAGACCAAAGUGCAAAUCGCCGAGGGCCGUCUGAAGGUCGUCCUUAGCGAGAUUGCCAACGCCCAGAGCAAUGCAAGACCUACCUCGCCGGAGCGUGCUCUCAGCAGGAGCGACAGUCGCAACAGCGUGCACGAGAGCCCCGGUAAGAAACGUGAUUCCAGACCGGCUCGACGCGCGAGUGCUUCGUCCAUGUACAGUGAUCACUUGGGUGGAAGGGUCUCAGCGCUAAGCUUUGCCAACGGCCAUCACAUCAACCUUGCUGACGAGUUGGCUUUCGAUGAGGAAGAGGAGUAUGCCAACGGUGGCAUGGAGGACGGCAGGAUCUCGCCAGAUGCUUUACCGGAGGAACAGCAGGAAGCCAGGCCGUCAUCGAGCUUGUCGAUCAAGGCGAGGAAGAUUCUAGGCCUUCCCCUCGACUUUGAAGAACAAGACAAGGAGAAUGUUGAUCCUGAGCGCCGACCCACAAGCACCUAUGUCGAUACUGCCAUUCAAUUCUCUCCUCCUACAUCACCUUGGCCAAGAUCCGAGAGCCAGCUCAGCCAAGCCAUGACCCAGAGCAUGAAGCGACAGUCACGACCAGCUGAUCUGCACCUCAGCAACGGCAGGCUCUCGAAUGCAGGCGCUCACAGCCCAACCAGUCCCACCGAUAGCCGUGAUUCGCGAUAUGACUCAACCUACGCGCCUUGGAACCACACAGGACCUGUCAUGGUCUCUUCUGGCGUCCAGACUGUGGAGGCGCUCCCGAGCCCGCCAUUGACGCCCGAAAAGUCCGACAGUAGUUUGGCAACAAUCCACGAAAGUGCAGCUGAAAGUAUCGAGAUGAAGACAAUGAGCACGCAGACGGACCAUUCGGGGCCUAUUGCUGUACCUGUACCUCCGCAAACAGACAAGCAGAAGAGCUGGCAGCACGUCAGCACCGAGUCGGGGGAUCUCCAAAUUCCUCUCAUCAACAUUGUCCCUCCUACAUCGCGCCCUGCUACGCCCGUGGCUGGUCCUAAAGUCGUCUUACCGCCUCGCACAAGGAAUGCAGACACCCAGGUCGACAGCACCACCCUUGGCAGCUAUACUUCGUCUUCAAUGCAGACGGAGGUCGUCAGAGUCGAUCGCCGGAACAUCAUGCCCUUGUCUGAAAUGCCGUCUAUGCCUACAACGUCCUAUAAAGCACCUAUUUCCGUCCGGGCUGUGCCUCCUGUGAAUCGAAGGAAAGCGGGUCCACCAACGACAACGGUAACGCAGCGGAUGAACCAUGCGAUGAAUGUGGGAGUGACAAGAAUGCCACCAUCAAACGAUGGUGGGCCGCUUUCCAAAGAAGCAGAUCCCAGUUCGUUCGGUGAACCUAAUCUUCCGCGUCCUAUCCGAUCAAGUAGCCUGUUCCAAGGAUUUGACGAUGAAGCAAAGGAACAGGAAGACAAGUUUGAGGUCAAUACGUUUCCGGAUGAUGACAUAUUCUCCCGGCCUACCACCAAAUUAACCUUGAGAGGCGGCAAGAUGGUUGCACAGGAUGGCCUCGAAGACAUUGGGGAGUUCCUACCUUCCGAAAUUGCUGAAGCAGUCGAACCAGAGAAUUUGAGAUUGUCCGAAGACAGCCUCUCUUCCGAAAUGAGGAAAUUCAUGGGCCGUGAUACGCAGCGAAAUGCGCCUGUGAUGAAACCACUCAAGCGCGUGCCGUCUGCGAGAUCAAACAACAUGCGACGAGUUGCCCUGAUCUCGAGUGGAUCUGCUGCUCAUCGGGCGUCCACCUCUCAGUCGACCAAUGCGUCUGCCGAGAGCAACCCGCCCUUCCCUGUGCCAUUAAGGUACAGUUCAGCUCGAAUUAUAAAAUCCCAGAGCGAAGGCGGACGAAGUUCAAGGGCAAGCAGCAAUGCAUCUCCGACCAAACAAUCCCGCAUGAAGAAACCGGCACUGCGCAAGUCGCGCUCUGGCCCAGCUAUCGCGCCAUAUGGCCAAGAUCGUAGGAGUGGCAGUCGCUCGCCGCCAAUGGCCUCAAGGGUAUCUAUCGUACCCGAGAUGCCGACUUUCCAAAUGCCAGCAGAGCCUCCAGCAUUCCUGAAUGCACCUUACGGUGCUCCUCAAAGCGAUGCCAGUGCUCCACGGCCGUCCAUUGCAACGGGCCCAAGCAGGCGAGGCACACAUGUGAAGCAAAAUUCUGAUGCCGGUCUUCUGCAACAGACCUCUGUUGUCGAUUCAAUUGCUCAGACCAUGGUCGGAGAAUGGAUGUUCAAGUACGUCCGUCGGAGGAAGUCCUUUGGGAUGGGAGAGAAGCAAGAUUGGGACGCCGGCAAAUCAGUAGAUGAGAUCUCAGCCAGCGUCACCAAUAAUGGUGUUCGACACAAGAGAUGGGUCUGGCUCGCACCCUACGAAAGAGCCGUCAUGUGGAGUGGCAAGCAACCAACAUCUGGGUCCGCUUUGAUGGGCGGCAAGAGCGGACGAAAACUCACCAUCAAGUCUGUGUUGGAUGUCAAAGACGAGAACCCAAUGCCCAAGGGCUCUAUCACUGGACCCCAUUUCAAUCGAUCCAUCCUAAUCCUCACUCCUCAGCGAGCACUCAAGUUCACGGCAUUGACCCAAGAUCGACACUUUGUCUGGCUUACAGCCUUGUCGUUUUUGUCCCACUCUCCUCUGAGCUUGAACGAGCUCAAUGCUAUGCCGCCUCCUCCGCCACCAGAAGAGACAACUGCUCAAGCACCUGCACCGCCGCCCUCGCUUGCUGGAACAUUCCGCCGACGGGCUAUUCGUGAUUCGAUUCGCAUUGCAAAAGGCGCUAAACCACAGCAGAGCAUUCGCUCUUUCACCACCGACAACUCGUAUCCGCAUUUGCAAGAGCAAUUCGGGGAUGAGAACGAGUAUUACGACCCUAUGAAUGAUCCUGCUAUGCCGCCGACCAUCAAACGUUUCCACAACCGGAAGAGGAGCAACACUGCUCCCCGUGCGCCACCCAGCUCAUUCCGAGGCUUUUCAUCAAAAGACGUCGUACCAAGCUUACCUGGUCCAGGAUCUUAUGCCACCAGCACGGCUGUCACAUCGGCAACUGGGUCCGACCGAGGCCUCUACACCCCGAGCAUGGGACUUCCAAGUCUAUCAUCAUCACGCAGGGGCAGCGAGGCGUCCGCCUCUGGUCGGCCAAUGGCUCAUCAGCUUUUCCCCGAUUCAACCAAUGGGAACCACAUGAUGCGUAUCGAGGCCUUCGUCGACUCGAAACAGCCAGGUUUCAUGGGCAGAGGCGCGAACAAUUUCGGCGGGCCUCUGGGCGGCUUCGGCGGGCCACUACGAAACGGGCCCCACAAGAAGAAAGACAUGAGCCACUGGGGGUUCGAUGACCCCAGGAGCUACUCUCCAGUGGACAGCCUGAUGUACCAGGAGAUGCUAGCGGCCGAGGCACCACCAAGUGUGCCAGCAAGUGCUCGAGCAAGUGAGGAUCGAGACUAUUUCAGAGGCUUUUGA